AUGUCAGACAAGCUCAAGGAACGCAAAAGAACCCCCGUUUCCCAUAAAGUGAUAGAAAAGCGCAGAAGGGACCGGAUUAACCGCUGCCUGAACGAACUGGGCAAGACUGUGCCUAUGGCCCUAGCCAAGCAGAGUUCCGGGAAACUGGAGAAGGCGGAGAUCCUAGAAAUGACCGUUCAGUACCUCAGAGCCCUGCAUUCCGCUGAUUUUCCCCGAGGAAGAGAAAAAGCAGAACUUUUAACAGAGUUUGCCAACUAUUUCCACUACGGCUACCACGAGUGCAUGAAGAACCUGGUGCAUUACCUCACCACCGUGGAGCGGAUGGAGACCAAGGACACCAAGUACGCGCGCAUCCUCGCUUUCUUGCAGUCCAAGGCCCGCCUGGGCACUGAACUCGUCUUCCCUCCGCUGGGAAGUCCGGAGCCCGACUUCUCCUAUCAGCUACACUCGGCUGGGUCCGACUUCGCGGGCCACAGCUCGGGCGAGGCCGCCGUGUUUCCACAGGGCGCGACCGCCGGGCCCUUCCCUUGGCCACACGGCGCGGCCCGCAGCCCGGCGCUGCCCUACCUGCCCAGCGCUCCGGUGCCGCUCCCAAGCCCAGCGCAGCCACACAGCCCCUUCCUGGCGCAGGUGCAGGGCCUGGACCUCCAUUACCUCAACCUGAUCGGUCACGCCCAUCCCAACGCCCUUAACCUGCACACGCCCCAGCAUCCCCCCGUGCUCUGAUGCCUACUCGCCGGUCAGAAUUCUCUGCGCUUUGGGCGCUGCUUAGGAGAAAUACUGUAUAUUGUACAGCUGUAAAUA